UUCCCCUCUCCCUGCAGCCGCGUCCCUACUGCGCCGCCGGGGCAGCCCAGAGCGCGGCGCGCAAGGGCACCGGCGCCAGGGGCCGCGCACCUCGGGGCCGCGGCGGGCCCGGGUCCAGGCUCGCACCGGCGCUCUCUAGCCUCGACCCAGCUCAGGCAGCCAGCAUCCCGAGCCCGGCCCCUCCAGGCAUCGCCCUCGGCCCGGAGCGAGGAUGAGCACCCCGGGCCAGGCACGAAGUGGCCUCUCAACUUUGUAAAGACAUGACUGGAGUGUGUCUGUGUGUAGCGCGGCCAGGGAGCUGAUGCGGAGAGUCGGCCCGCUGCCCUGCCUCCUCCUCCCACCAGGGCCGCCGCCGUCGCAGCCUCGCGCGUGCACACACACGGCCCUCGGGCCGCGGUUCCGCGCUCCGGCCGCGGGCUUGGAUGCGAGUUUUCCUUUCCGAAGGAGGCAGAGCCUGCGUGGAGCCCUGAGGGGCUCAGCCUCCACCCACGCGUCGCUAGUGCUGUCACGAGCGGGCUGGCCGGGAGAAGGGACCCGCUCGCCUAGCUUUGUUGUGGAAAUCCGGUUACCUGACUGAUCACCUAUCCCAUGGAUGAGUUACUUGACUUGCCUUGAAAGAAUCAAUAGUGCCAUUGGAUAUUGAUCAGCGUGGUCUCAGGGCUUUUCAGAAUGAAUGGAAGGUCAUGUGGCAUGAAUCUCCACCGGACAUCAAGAACCCCACAGGGUCCUGGGCUACUCAGCAGUCAACAUAUCCCUCCCAUCAGAGCCCACACAGGCACUCCCUGCCCCUCUUCCUGUGCCAGCACACUGAGCCCCACCAUUGGAAGUCUUGCUAACAGUCUUCACCUCAAGAUGUCCUCUGGAGCAGGGAUGGCUCCUCAGAGCAACAUGGCCACGAGCCCCAUCCAUCUGCCUGCCCUGAGCCCCAGGAGACAGUUACUGGCCAAUGGAAAGCCUCAGUUCCAGGCUAGUGUCAUGGCAGCAUCGAAUACUAUAAAACCCAAACAGCAAGAAUUUGGAGACCCCUUCUCUCCAAAUCCUGAGAAAGGGGCUCUUGGCUUUGGGCCUCAGUGCAAGUCCAUUGGAAAAGGCAGCUGCAACAAUCUAGUGGUCACCAGCAGUCCCAUGAUGGUUCAGCGACUGGGACCCAUUUCACCUCCAGCAAGCCAGGUCUCCACAGCAUGCAAGCAGAUCAGUCCUAGCUUACCGAGGGCAGUGAAUGCAGCCAACCUGAAUAGAACUCCUUCAGAUACCAGGUCCGUUAUUUUGCAAGAGUCUCUGGUGUCCACGACUUUGAGUCUGACCGAGAGUCAAUCAGCCUUGAGUGUGAAGCAAGAGUGGUCUCAGUGCUACAGGGCUUUCCCUUCACUUCCAUCCAACCACAGCUCCCAGAAUGCCAUGGACCUAGGGGACCUUCUUAGCUUGCCUCCGGGCACGCCGGUGUCUGGCAACAGCGUCUCUAACUCGUUGCCACCCUACCUUUUCGGCAUGGAAAAUAGCUACUCUCCUUACCCUAGUCCUCGGCACUCAGCAACCAGGUCCCACUCCACCCGCUCCAAGAAGAGAGCACUGUCCUUGUCCCCACUGUCUGACGGCAUCGGGAUUGACUUCAAUACUAUCAUCCGUACUUCGCCCACAUCCUUGGUUGCCUACAUCAACGGAUCAAGAGCCUCCCCAGCCAACAUGUCCCCACAGUCAGAGGUCUAUGGGCAUUUCCUGGGUGUUCGUGGCAGCUGCAUCCCCCAGUCUUGUGCAGUGUCCAGCGGGCAGAAAGGCGUCCUGGUUGCCAGUGGAGGAAAUACACUGCCGUGCUACGGAGAGGAUGGUACACUGGAGUAUGAACGCAUGCAGCAGCUGGAGCAUGGUGGCCUGCAGCCUGGACCUGUGAACAACAUGGUGUUGCAGCCCGGCCUACCGGGCCAGGAUGGCCAGACAGCCAACAUGCUCAAAACAGAGCGCCUAGAGGAGUUUCCGACCAGUGCCUUGGACCUGCCCUCCGAGCCACCUCUCCCUCUUCCGCCGCCUCAGGGGCCCCCACCCCCAUACCAUGCCCACCCACACCUUCAUCACCCAGAGCUCCUGCCUCACACCCAGUCGCUGUCCCUGGCCCAGGCUGGUCUGGAAGAGGAUGGGGAGAUGGAAGACUCAGGGGGUAAGCACUGCUGUCGUUGGAUAGACUGCAGUGCCCUUUAUGACCAGCAGGAGGAACUGGUGAGGCACAUCGAGAAGGUCCACAUAGACCAACGCAAAGGGGAAGACUUCACGUGCUUCUGGACUGGCUGUCCUAGAAGAUACAAGCCUUUCAACGCACGGUAUAAACUGCUGAUCCACAUGAGGGUCCACUCCGGGGAGAAGCCCAACAAGUGUACGUUUGAAGGCUGCAAGAAAGCCUUUUCCAGGCUUGAGAACCUCAAGAUUCACUUACGGAGUCACACGGGUGAGAAGCCAUACCUGUGCCAGCACCCAGGCUGCCAGAAGGCCUUCAGCAAUUCCAGUGAUCGUGCCAAGCACCAGAGGACACAUCUUGACACUAAACCUUAUGCUUGUCAAAUUCCAGGAUGUACAAAACGCUACACAGAUCCGAGCUCCCUAAGAAAGCACGUGAAGGCACAUUCUUCCAAAGAGCAACAAGCAAGGAAAAAGCUACGGUCUAGCACUGAGCUCCAUCCAGAUCUCCUCACAGACUGUCUCGCUGUGCAGCCUCUGCAGCCAGCCCCUUCCCCCAGAGAUGCUGCUGAUCACACUGUGGGACACUCCCCAGGGCCAGGGCCUGGGCCUGAACUCUAUUCAGCCCCCAUUUUCGCCAGCAAUCAUUCAGCCCGAAGUGGAACAGCUGCUGGGGCCGUGCCACCCCCACAUCCUGUCAGUCACCCUUCUCCGGGACAUAAUGUACAGGGGAGCCCCCACAACCCCUCCUCCCAGUUACCUCCACUCACAGCUGUGGACGCAGGCACUGAGAGGUUUGCACCUCCGACUCCAUCUCCUCACCACAUCAGCCCGGGAAGAGUUCCAGCUCCUCCGUCACUGCUUCAGAGAGCACAGGCUCCCCACACCCAGCAGCCUCCAGGCUCGCUCCUGAAGCCCUACCAGCCAGAAACCAACUCUGCUUUUCAGUCAAAUGGUAUCCAUGUCCACGGAUUUUAUGGCCAGCUGCAGACAUUCUGCCCCCCGCAUUAUCCUGAUUCCCAAAGAACUGUGCCGCCCAGCAGCUCCUGCAGUAUGGUGCCUUCCUUUGAGGACUGCCUAGUCCCCACAUCUGUGGGUCAAGCCAGUCUUGAUGUUUUCCACAGAGCCUUCUCAACACACUCGGGCAUCACAGUGUACGAUUUGCCUUCAGCUUCCUCAAGCCUCUUUGGGGAACCUCUUCGCAGUGGCCCUGAGGAUCCUACGUUCUUACAGCUCAGCGCUGUGGACCGGUGUCCUAGCCAGCUCUCCUCUGUGUAUACCGAAGGCUGAAAGCUCCUGGGCUUCUCCUGCACAUUGAGGACCUUUGAGUAACUCAUCACCUCUUAUUUUCUUACUCACAAGCCGUGUGAAGAACACCAACCAAAUCCAUGGAGCCAGUAGGGUCGCUAGGACUGUGGAAGGCAGGACUGGAUGGUCAGAUCUGGCUUUUCAGAAAUGUUUGCACCUCUUCCAUCUUCCCUCAAUUUGCUGGGCCAGGUGACCAGCAGGAAUUUCUUUUCAAAGGGAAUUUAGAGUCUCACUUUAAGGAUACCUGUUACUUCCAGGCUGUAAGCUCCCAAAAGACACCAAUGAAUAUGCACAAGAGUGGGAUGACCCUUGCUAAAGACUCUCAGAGGAGAAGACAGCCUGGGUACCAGAGGCAAAAUGUGCUGCCUUGCCCAGGUUUUCUCUUGUGGCUGAGUGAUGCACAGCCAUGAACAGUGGGGGAAAUCCAUGUCCAAAGCACUGUGUGCCUUGGGCUCUCUCCAACUCUGGCUUUACCAUUUGUCUUACAUAGCCCAUGCUAACUAAUUGCUUCUCAGUUGCUUCUCCAAUGGCAAAAUAAGGUUUUAUAUUCCGUAACCUUCUUUGUUUUUGAACUUUAAAGACUUACUAUUUACAUUUACUUUUAAAGGAAAAAUAUUUAAAGGUUUAUUCUUUUGGUAGACGUCAUUACCAGUUUAAUCACCCCGGGUACAUGUAUUUUACCAGAGCUGCAGCUCUUGCUGGCCUACUUUUACAGUUUAGUAAGGUUAUCUGAGGGAAACAGAAUAAUACACACACACACACACACACACACACACACACACACACACAUGCCUGACUCCCGGAUUAUUAUUAUUAUUAGCAAGAAUCCUCAUAUGCUGGGUGUAGGGGUAUGUACCUAUAAUCUCAGCACUUGGAAGGUACUCUGGGUUUGAAGUUAGCCUGGUCUACACAGUGAGUUCCAGUCGAGCCAGGGCUAGAUAACAAAACCCUGUCUCAAGAAAAAUACCUCUCAUUUAUGAUUGUUUAGUGGUUCCACCAUGGAAGCCUUUUCAUUUGGAGGGUUCAUGCAUGGCCUUUGCUCCGUUGCUCUGCCUGGGACAAAAAGAGGGUCAAGUGUGUGGGUUUGUUCAGAAAGCCAAACUCAGGGCACCUGUUGUCCAGUCAUUCUGUGUGGUUCUGCCCAGUUCCCUAAGGUGACCCAGUCAUCUGCCGGUCUUCUACACUGCUCUCCUUCCUGGUUAUACAUACUCUCUCCCUUUUUCCUGACUGUGGUCAGACAUGCUGACAAUCCAUCAACGUUUAUCAACUUUUGGGAAGGUUCAGAGAAGGCAGUGUUUUGGAACUCUGCUUCAAAGGCCUGGAACUUUUCACAGAGCAUAAAACAGUGAUAAGCCUAAAUAAGACAUCAUUUUCUAGUAACAUUUUUAGAAAAACACCUUAAAAGGCCCUGUGUCUAAGGGAAAGGAGACACAGAUAGGCCAGACUACAAAUAACCUGGUCAGUUCCAACAUUCUGACUCACCCACAUUUUGGAAUUUUUUUCUCUUAAAAAAUGUUUUAAAUAGAACUAAAGCAAAAUUCUUCAUGAAACUUAGUAUCACUUUCAGUGUCAGGUGUGGGUCCUGAGACUUUGUGUAUCCUCAGUGACAUGGCUGUGAGCCUCACCCCAAAUCAGAAGAGUUCCACCUCUGUCAUGUGUCCUUCCAACGUGGCACUGAAUACAGAAUGGGGCAGACGAAGAACCAAGUGCGGGGCCUCUUUUCUUUCUUUCUUUCUUUCUUUCUUUCUUUCUUUCUUUCUUUUUUUUUUUUUGUUGUUGUUGUUUUUGUUUUUUGUUUUUUGUUUUCUUGUUUGUUUGGGGUUUUUUGGGUUUUUUUCUGGGUUUUGGUUUUGUUUUGGUUUUUUUUUUUUACAGCACAUUGUUUUGUCUGGUGUUGCUGAAGAGGCCAUAUUCUUGGGAACCUGUCAUGCAAGCUUCUCAGUCACAAGACUUCAAAUUCUCUUUGUUGUUCUGAGCUUUAAGGAAGGAACCAUACUGACUUCCUCCGCUCACUAGAGCUCGUGUGUUGUCACACUUGCUCCAAGCACCAACACACAUACUCUGACACUGGCUUAUUUGAUAGCGACCCUCAUUACUCUCAUUUGACCUCUGUCACACUCUAGAAAGAAAAGAGACCCCACUCUCGAGCGUCUGUCGAUUCUUAAACCCUAAAGCUUGUACACAGGGCUCCAAGCACAUUUUGUUUGGAUGAUGAGGAAGGAAGAGAGGAGAGGCACUGUGUGUGGCCUUACUACUCUGCCUAUGGAUGUGUACAGGGAGGAGGAGGCACAGCAAGAAAUGGAACCACAGACCAUGCAUGACAUCUCUCCCUGUAGUGGAGGUGUGAGGCCUGGGAGCCAGGCUCUGGACUCCUGGUGGCUUUCCAUGUGGCACUGCCAUGCCUAGGUCACCUAGGUAGGAGGGAUCCGUGUAAAACCUGGUGUCAUCAGGGCCUUCUAAGUCAGACCUCUAGGCUGGCUCCAGAUCCAGCCCCAGAGGGACAUUCUUGCUAUCAGAAAGCAUGAGUGGAGCUAGGCCCCCGUGCAGCCCCUCAAAGGCCCUCUAGUAUAUUUCUGAGAGCUACUGGUCUGGGGAUAGGGCCUAGAGUCAGGACUCAUACUGGGUCCUGCAGGCUGUCCAAGCUGUCUGUCCUUAGGCUCUGGAGUUUCUCCUCAGCUUGAAAUGUGUUCUUGGCUUGCUUUGGCCUUCACAGUUCCAUCUGUAUUUUGAAACACUGAAAAUGGAGCUUGAAAACAUAAUUAUUCCCUUCCAUUGCUAGGCCUUUUAAGUCCUGAUGGUUAGCCAUUUUCAUAAACAUCCAAAUGGAAAUUGCCAUUCCGCUUUAAAAACAAAAACACAAACAACAAAAACUAGUGCUCCUGGAAACACACACAACACAAAGCCCAUUAUUUUACUCCUUAAGAAAAAGGUCAGUACGACUAGGGACAUAGGCCUUUAUUCAUUGUCAUAACUCCCUAAAGGGACUGCUUCCAAGUGUCACUUGUACUCUCUGAUCAGCACUUGAAUACCGUUUAAACAUCCCCUGGCCCCGUGAGAUAUGGUCCCUUACUCAGAUCUCCACCAUAUAGUACAGGUGAGUCGGAAGUGGAAAACAAGUUAUUUGGAAGACCUCGGGAGAAAGUCUCCUGACAAGAGUGUUGGUUACAUUCAGUGUCCUUGAGUGACCAUCUGCCAAAUGCACUAGUUCACUACUGCAAGCUUAGAACAGGGCUGACCUGUCUCCCUGUUAUAUAACCCAUCCCCCUUCCCAUCCCCCUAUUGCCUGGAAGUAUUGACAAUGUUCAGUUUUAUUAUUUGGUGUUUGAUUUGAUUUGACUGUUUAGAUCAAUGUUGUUAUUGCCAUGGAUAAAGUAACAGAGACAGAGAAAUCUAAACCCAUUGGAGAAAAUGGCGCGAGUUCAAAUGAAGAGAUUUAUUUUGUACAGACAGAGAAGCGUCCUCUGUAAUGUUGCUGACAUAAAGCACUUUGGGGGUGGGGGGUGGAAAUCUGUUUUCCAUAAAUCACAUAGGCCCUUGUACAUUGUUCUAUACACUCAUGUAGAGAAAUGAGCGGUGUAUAUCAUACUGGAUAUGGGGCCAGUUUGACGGUAGGGGCACAUGUGGUGCUUAUUGUCAUAAAUCUUUUAAGGAAUUAGGUACACUUUUUUCUAUUAAUAUGUAUAGUUUUACGAUUUGUCACAGUUAUGUUUCAUAUAAUCAUAAGUUAUUUUGUCUCGUUUCAUGAAGUCUUUUUUUUUUUUAAUGUCAAAAGUAAAAUGAAGGGAUUGUGUACUUGGCAUGGAAUAAAACUGGAAAUAGAGGCUG